AAAUCCUGCCUGAAAACAGGAGGUGUCCUCGGGCCUGCUGAAACUACUACACUGGCAGGGUUGGAACUACAAAUUUGUGCAGCUGCACUCCAUGCAAGGCACACUCUCCUCUUCCCCAGCUCAUUUGCUGUGAAAAAGAACACCCAUGGCUUUGCUACAAAAAUGAGUUGCACAAUUGAAAAAGCCUUAGCAGAUGCAAAAGCACUGGUGGAACGGCUAAGGGAACAUGACAAUGCAGCAGAAGCUCUUAUUGAACAGACUACAGCUCUUAACAAGCGGGUUGAAGCAAUGAAACAGUACCAAGAAGAAAUUCAAGAGCUCAAUGAAGUAGCAAGACAUCGCCCUCGGUCUACUUUAGUGAUGGGUAUCCAACAAGAAAACAGACAGAUUAGGGAACUGCAACAGGAGAAUAAAGAACUACGCACAUCUCUUGAAGAGCAUCAAUCUGCUUUGGAACUCAUAAUGAGCAAGUACAGAGAACAGAUGUUUAGGUUGCUUAUGGCAAGAAAAAAAGAUGAUCCAAGUAUAAUAAUGAAGUUAAAAGAGCAACAUUCCAAGGAGCUGCAAGUGCAUGUGGACCAAAUUACAGAAAUGGCAGCAGUAAUGAGAAAAGCCAUUGAAAUUGAUGAAAAGCAUGGCUGUAAAGAGCAGGAACGUAUCAUUCAGCUUGAGCAAGAAAAUAAAGGCUUGAGAGAAAUUCUUCAAAUAACCAGAGAAUCAUUUCUGAACCUCAAGAAAGAAGAUGCAUCAGAGAGCACAUCUCUGUCAGGAUUAGUAACAAGCAGUGAUUUGAGCCUGAGGAAAAGCUAAAGACUAUGGAAGUCAACAAGCUUCAAUUGCACACUUUACAAAUGAAUUUUCAGGGGCACUUGUCAAGCACUUGUUACUGAAUAGGCACCAGCAAGCUAAAGCAUCUUAAAGUCCAGUUUAGUGGCUUAUAUAUUGUGUAAAAUAAAUAAAUAUUGGUAUUCUACAAAAACCUUAGUGACAGAUUAAUUGCCGUAGAUCUAACUUCAGUAGGAAAUGGAUUAAUGCACUUGCUGAAUCAGGAAUUAUUUUUAUAAAGUCAUUUUGCAGAUAAAAGACAAGAUUUCACAUAAUUUAUGUAAAUUAUUGCUCAUACAAAGUUUCAGUGCACCUCUUAUAUAAUAAAGGUAAGAUUUAAAGUGAUCUCUGGCUGAAAAGUUUUAAAUUUUGAAUGUGCUUUGUGCAUGAUCCACAUAACAUUUUUUUCCUUUUAGUAAGUUUUUAAUAAAUUCUCAUUUUGCAACAAACCUGUUUAAUAGAAAGGGUACAUAGGCAGCAUAAAACUUAAGGAUUUCUGUUAUUUAGCCACAGGGUGUCCUGUUCAAAUUCAAGGCCAAUUGUUUAGACAUAAGCAAUGCUUUUACAGUUCAAUUUAAAAAAAAAAAAAAAUUAACAAGAUUUUUUUAAACUAUGUACAAUUAAUUGUACUUUCAGAACAUGAGAAGAGCUGAUCCCACUUUAGUGCUUUCUGGAACACAGGUAAUUCAGUAUAAUUCUGCCUUAGCUUUCACUUCUAUGAGAGAAAACGGGGUUCAUUUUUCUGUAGGUAAGAAGCCACAUUAGUCCCAUCUAUUUCUUCCCCAACCGCUAGCUGAAAAAACUUCCUAACUGAGAAAUGGCAAUUUGAAGGCAACCAAACAGCAACAGCAAAAAGGUAAGUUAGGGGAAGGCGGAAAAAGCUGUGGCAAAGAUGGCAGCCUACAUGCCUGCAAUCAAUAAGUACUAGUCAUCAAUAAGAUUUUUAGGUAAGUUUCAGGUAUGUGUUACAUUUGUACUAGGAAAAGUUUCAAUAUGCUAUACUGACAAAUAGACUGCUCACUUUUAAUCCUGAAAUACUUGCAGAAGUGAAAAGGAGUUGGUUUUCCUAGAUCAAAGUACAGCUUGUAUCAUAUGCAGAUACAACAGAAGUGCUACAUACAACAGAAGUGCUACAUACGACAGACUUGUAGUAAAGAGGUGCCAAAAUAAUUCAUAUUUGGCUUUUGUUUAUUAGAUUAUCACUUUGUAGUCAAGGCAGAAAGGACAUUCCUACAAUUGAUGUGUAUCAUCACUUUUUGUCCAGCAUGUUACUGCAUUCUUUACAUGAAACCAUACUCAAGAAGCAGAGUCAAAGCUUUCAAUCACAGAAAACUGUAGAUCUACAAAUGCCACCCACUGUUAAAUAUUUCGGCUGUUUAAUAACUCAUCUAGCAAAGUGAGUUGAACUCCUAGUCUGAAAUCAAGUAUUGCUUGAUCAGAUUUGAUUUUCAGUUACAACAAUGCAAAAAGAAUUAAGCAUCGAGCACUUUUAAGUGUGUCAGUUUUAAAUACAACUUGCUUUGAUGUAGUGCAGCUUCCCUGGGCUCAGGGUAAAUACCCCACAGGUCUAAGGGUGAACUCUCAGUGGCCAGUGGGCUAAUUUAUAGGGAGCUUAAUAUUUUUUGCUCUGUUGCUAUCAGUUGCUGCCCCCCUUCUCAUAGUGCUUUUAAAAGAAAAAAAUAGUGAAGGGGUGGGAAAGGAGUGUUUAGCAGAGACCAUAAAAGCCAGUUUUGAAUGAACUAGUACAUAUGCUGGGAAAUGCAGUUGAAAAGACAGGUAAAUCAAGCUCUCCAAACUUUCACAGCAUUUUUUAUAAACAGCUAUUUCUCUUUCCAGAGCAUCUUAGAUGCUUCCAGGCUUAAGAAUAUAUUGAGGACAUUCAUGUGCAUGGGGAAACUUCCAAACUUGCUAAACAUUGGGGGGGAAAUUUUUGGGGAAGAUUUUAGCUCAAGCGCAAAAACAUAAUUGUCUGCUGUUAUUAUCUGUAAAACCUUGCCAAUGCUUCUAUAGAUUUUGUAUUUCUACUGUAGCUUGUAAGCUGGUGACUUAUUAGAAGCAACAUCUUUUUUUAAUGGAGUGGUUUGUUGUUGCAAAAUUACAAGAACAUUUGUGUUCAGUUGAUUAAGUUACUCUUUUUAGAAGUGUCUUUUCAGCCAUUGACUGGUAUUGGCAGUUCUAUCCAUUUAAUGCUGAAUGAAGUUUCAUGGCUUACUUUCUGGUUUGUCUUUCACAUACAAUUUCCAGAGUUGUAUAGCAGAGAAGGGUUGUUAGUCUGUGGCAGUUCUUUAAGGUUGCUCUGUUAUGAUGUAAUGCUUGAUUAGUGUUUAUUUUUGUAAAUUUUAAAAAAAGUGACUUAUCUACUCCUAGUCUUUGGGUUUGCUAUGUCUCCCGUGUCAUUACCCUGACCUGAUCACUUUAGGAUUUCAAAGUCACAGUGUGUGGAGUGACUAUUUUUCAUUGCAUACCUGUUAUUUUUGUAAUGCAGGUGGCUUGAGAAGCAUUUAUGACCAGAGUUGUGUACUGCAGAGUAACUUAUUUUAUCAAUAAAGUUGACUGAAAAAUUGGAUGUCUUCAUGAUUAAAGCAAGGUACUGGAUCUGAAGUGAGCCUUGUUAGUAACAUAAAA